AGAUAGAGCAAACGAGACAAAUGUGAGGUCGGCUGAAGCAGAUCGAGUACACGAUACCAGAAUAAACCACGCCGUGUUAAAGAUGUCUGCGAUGGGAGAAGACACUCUCAUCCCCAGAGCGCGCAGCAGGCUGCCGGUGAUGUGUGCUGCUGGACUGGGUUUUCUAACUCUGGCCUUUGCUUGGCUGCUGGACUCAGACAGGUUCAGUGAAAGAGCUGGAAUGAUCGCUUUUGGGCUCAUGCUGGAAAGGUUUAUUUACAGUAUAUGUUUGUUAGCAGAGGAAUUGCUCUUCCAUUCAAGGCAAAGGUAUCAUGGCAGAAUAAGUGAGAUUUUCCGAGCUUGCUUUAGAGGGAGUGGCAUUCUGGGAAUGUGUGCAGUAUUUCUGAUGCUCACGUUGGGUGGAGUUUCCUUUUCCGAGGAGCAGUGGAGCACCCACAACCUUAUGUGCGCAGGAUACCUGUUGCUUAAUAGCCUGGGAGUGCUGGGCCCAGCUCCAGUUGAGAUUUCAGAAAUAUGUGAAGCAAAGAAGAUGAACGUGGCUCAUGGUCUGGCCUGGUCUUUCUAUAUCGGCUACCUCAAAUUGGUCCUUCCAGAUUUAGAGGAGAAGGUCAGAGAAUACUCCUCUCCAAGGGAACGACUAAGUUCUCCACGUCUACAUAUCCUUCUGCCCCUCAAUGCCAGAGUCCCAAACAAACCUGAAGAGGAGGACACUAAUGUGGUCUUCCAUGAAAACCUUCCAGAUCUGAAGCUGGACAGGGCAGGAGUGCGGAAACGCAGCUACAAAAACAGCGUCUACAAGAUCACCCACAACAAUGAGACGUUUAGCUGUGUUUUGGAGUACGCCACACCGCUGCUGACGCUCUAUCAGAUGUCCCAGGAGAGCAGUGCAGGGUUUGGAGAGAGAGAACGGAAGCAGCAGGUCCUGCUGUUCUACAGAACCCUCAGCCAAAUUCUGGACAAUUCUCUGGAAUGUCGGAACCGGUACCGGCUCAUCCUGCUCAAUGAUGAACACACAGGUGAUCCUCAUUACCUGUCCAGAGAGCUCUUCCAGCACCUGAAGCAGCAGGAUGGGGAGAUUUUCAUGGACCCACCAAAUGAAGUCCACCCAGUUCCAGAAGAGGGUCCAGUUGGAAACUGUAAUGGCGCACUGCGAGCCACUUUUCAUGAAGAGCCAAUGAGCGGCAAUCCCACCCUCAUGUUUAGCCCACCUCAAUCCCUAAGAUCUGAGCCUGUGGAGACCACUGAUUAUUUUAACCAAUCUAACACAGUGAAACGAAACUGAAUAAUUGCGCAAUAAAACAUACACUGAAAAAAAGACUUUUGCUGCUUGUUUAAACUACUUGAAAUGAGUUCAAACAACAAAAUUCUUAAAGUUUUUUGGGGGUACAACUUAAUUGUUUUAUGUUCAGUCCACUUAAAAAAAAAUUAAAUUAUUGAGUUAAUUUAAUCGAUUUAUGUUGGGACAAUAUGAAGGAAUUGUGUGGAACCCAGCAAUUUUUACAGUGUAGGCCUAUUGCUUGUUUUUAGUCUUCAAAUUAUUUUGGCUUUUAUGUUGCAUAUAAUAAUAAAAAUUUGAAAUACA